AUGGAUCCGCCACCGUCUAGAGUUGGCCCGGCUAACCAACCUCAAAGUUAUGUUAUCACAAAUGUAGCUGGUACGCCUGGAUAUUUGGAUCCGUCGCAACUGAAGACGCGUAAACUCUCAAAAGAGUUUGAUGUGUACUCUUUUGGAGUUAUGUUGUUUGAAGUUAUGUGUGGGAAAUUAUGUUGUGAAUAUGAUCAAGGUAAAAUAAUUCGCAUGUUUGUGCCUGAGUGGAAAAGAUGUUCUAAGGAAAAGAAAUUAAAUGACAUAGUCUGUCAUGGUCUAGAAGAACAUAUGGAACCUGAAUCUUUGAAUACGUUCUCAACCAUCGCUUAUCGAUGUUUAGACGAAGAUCCUGAAAAUCGACCAAAAAUGGCCGAGAUCGUGCAAAAACUUAAGAUUGCACUUGAACAACAAGAAGAUUUGGACGAUAUCAACUUUGAAGAGCUGCAAAGGAUUGCAGAUCUUGCUGUACCUCCUCUAUCCUACAAGACCCGAAGUCAACUUCACUCGCUUUUAAUGGAAGGGGUGCUUGUUGACAAUGGCAAAACGUGGUUGUCAGUAAACAAGAAAGGACAACAUUGUGAACUUAUAUCUGCACAUAAAUGUAUGCCUCCAUCUAUGCAGAUUUUAUACCCGCAUGAAAUCCCAGUUUCAAGAUUUCAAUACAAAGUAGACUAUCUGUUAUUCCUAGGCUUGAGAUUGAAAGUUAAGACUCAAUUCUUGUCACCAAAUGUCACAUACACCAUAAACCUUGUCUACAAAUGUAAGCAUCCUCUUCAGCACAACCUGCGUAUACCCUUCAAAUACAAACUAGAAGAAAUGAGCGAAUAUUCGAAAUCAUGUGUUGCACAUGUUGGGGAACAUGGAUGGCUAAAGACUGAAUUGUUCCAGUUUACUAGUACCAAAAAGAAACAUAAUUUUGACAUUCAUUUCUUGAGUGAGAUGAAGGGAUGGAAAAGCGUACACCUUUCCAUUGAAGGCGUUGAAUUUCGUCCUGUAGACUUUGAGCAAGAUGAAAAUAAGGUGGAUGUGCAACCGGCAGACGAGCUUGAUUGGGAAGAAAGACUGCCAGAUGAUUACACCAAAAUAGUCAAAAAUAUUGAUGAGUCGACGACUCAAAAGGAAAUUUAUUUUCUUCUUCGCAAAGGCGUCUACAUCAAUAAUUCACAACAGUGGUUUUCAAUCAGUAAGAAGUCAAAGCAACGUCUUAUGCUCCCUGCACGAACAAUUUUGACAGAAGAAAAAUCAGGAUGCUAUUUUCUAUCACGACGAAAAAGUUGGCUAUGGAAGGCACUGCCAGGAUCAAGAUUCAAUGAGGCGGCUGAAGCUUGUGAGAGAAAUCAUAUUGUUAUCCGUGCACAAAUAGAAUCCCAACUAUUGUCACAUGAUACAAUGUAUGCAUGUUACCUCGUGUUCAAACUACCUGAAAAUGCCUCGGUGUUUGAGGGUAUUGUGAUAACAGGUUUUAAGGGACAUUUUUCGUUGGGUGAAGCAACAAAACACUAUACCUAUUUAGUUGCACCACCUCAUACCCCGAUUAUCAAACUACGCCCUGGUGAGAGAGCAGCAAGGACCCGUAAAAUAAAAGGUCAUCCAAAACUCAGAAAGGAUGGUUGGAUGGAAAUUCCAGUGUGGGAGUUUCAACUUGAUUCUAAUUUUGGAUAUUCUUUCUACAUCGAUGGUUAUUUGAAGAGUUUCGAUAAAUGGAAUUUUACCGGCCUUCUUAUCCAAGGCAUUGAGUUCAGGCCUGCUAAAGCUUUUAUGUAAUGUCAAUAUGGCAUGUAAAUGGGCAACAAGCUGCACCGCAACCCCUU